ACCAAAGAGGAACAAACUGAACUAAUAGAAGCAAACCCGGCCCUAACCUGCCCAGUACAUCCAUUAAGCAUUCUUCACGCUUGGCAUAGCACAAACCCCUUUAACGGUUUAAUCCCAAAUUCCUCUAAAGAAUAUAUAUAUCCCUGAAUCAAACCCAAUGAGGUUCAUGCUACCGUAAUUUUUAGGACGAUCCGGCGGAAGAGGAUGGUGAAUAGUUGGUCGCAAGUGCACUUUGACAAUUACAGGAAUAUUGAAUCUAAUUCGAACCAAAAAAUUACAUUUGUUAAUGGAACCCAAGAAAGUUGUCGUCGCACCGGAGGGAGAGGAACAAAUCCAAGGCGAGAAGAUUAAGGCUUUACAGUGGGAAGAUUAUGAACAAGAGCUUGCCCGUCUAUGCAGUCUCACAGCUGCACACAAUGAAUCUAUGCAGAAGAAGCAUUUGCUUGAAGAAAAAAUUCAGUCAAUUUUGAGGGUGGAAGCAGAAUCAUUGAAUUUGUCAAAUGAGCUUGAUGAGAUGAGAGAAACAUUAGAGCACCGGAAAUUACUGAUGGGAAACACAUCAAUGAAAUCAAAGGUCUUGAAAGAGAAAGUAAAAAAGGAAGAAGAACAACUUAGUAAUGAUAUCAGGUCUUUGUUGGUUGCCGGAACAGCUCUUUCUUUAGCUAAAAAGCGACUGCAGGAUGCUAAUAGAUCGCUUACUGGAGAAAUGGGCUGUGGACAUUUGAAAUCCAUGCAGAGACUUGUGAGGCUAAGACAGCAAUUUAUGGUAUCACAGAUUCAAUUGCUUUAUCCAGUGAAAGUAGGAGCAGGACUGGAAAUUGAACAAGAGCUCGAAUCAUUCACCAAUAUCAUCAGAUCAGGACAAAAAUCUCUAGAUCAAGGGUCCUUGACAAUUGCAGGUCUGCAUCUUACCGUGGUUCCUUUUACAAAGAAGAGUUUUUUCACUGAUAAGAAGGAGGUUCAGAGGUCUGCAACUGCUCUGGGAUAUGUUGCACAUGCCGUCUCACUUAUUGCCUGCUAUUUACAAGUUCCUCUUCGCUAUCCUGUGAGAUUAGGAGGUUCCAGAUCAUUCAUACGUGAUUAUGCGCCUUCAAUUGAACCACCACCACCUUCGUCAUUAUCAUCAGAUGAUGCGUCAUCAUCUUUACUCUCCACAAUUUUGAAACCUGUAGAAUUUCCCCUCUUCUUGGAAGGGCAAGAUUCAACAAGAGCAGCAUAUGCUGUUUUCCUUCUAAAUAAGGAUCUAGAACAACUUUUGAAUUAUAUCGGGACAAGAAGUUUAGGGCCACGUCACGUACUUGCAAAUUUGAAGGAGCUAUUGAGAACCAUUCUUGCUCCGGAGUAUAUGAAUACAUGAAUUGUGAUUGUUCACUUUACAAGUUUGAUUGUAAGCUUUUGUAGAUAUAUGGUCGCUAAUUUUGAGCAGGAGCUAUUGAGAACCAUUCUUGCUCUGGAGUAUAUGGAUACAUGAAUUGUGAUUGUUCACUUUACAAGUUUGAUUGUAAGUUCUUGUAGAUAUAUGGUAGCUAAUUUUGAGCACUUGUAGCCAUUUCCCCUCCUAAUUCCUACAUUGAGAAAUGCAACAUAUCAGCUUUGUAAAAAGAGAUUGCAGUUUAGUGCUCUGAUAUUAUUUUUAAUACAUUGCUUGAGCAUUACUGUCC